GGCGGCGGCGGCGGCGGUGGCGGCGCGGGGCUGCUGGAGGCGGAGGCAGGGAGGCGCGGAGGAGCGCGGGGCCGCCGCCACCGGCGCCCGGAGAUUUGUAAGACUCCAGGGCCUUCAAGCUGUGAUUAAUCCCAUGGUUCCUGAAACGACUGGGAAAACAGACAUUUUGUGUGCCAGUUGAAGAGUGUAUGUCUAUGUAUAUUUAAAACCUUCUUUCUGUACAUACACAUUUAGGCAGACUCAUUCUUGUGUGCACUUGAAGAGUUUUACAACUGAUGAAAAUUAAUUUAAGAAUCAGAUGGAGCAACUUGACACCACUGGGCUUGGGAGCCCGGGGAGAAAAAUACAUCACUAAUGGCCAGUUUUCCACAUGGUCUUCACGGGUAAAGAAGGUUUGCAAAAAGAAGAAAAAAAAACUUGCACAGAUCAAGCCUCAAAAAUACCUCUCCAGUUUAAAGAAGGAACUAAGUGAGAAGGUGACUGAGGGAGAAGUGUGAUUUCAAGCAUUGCAGAUGGGAGCAUGCAGUGCUUUUUGCACUUUAUUUUUCAGUGGGUCUGGUGAUUUGGACAGAGGUGAAAAUUCUGGACUGAAGAGUGGCUCUUACUGUGUGGUUAUGACUGGAGGAAAGCCAGUUAGGGUAUGAUGGGACAAGUUUGAACAGUGAACUGAUUCCUUUGCCUUUUUUCAGUUAACUGUAUUCCAGAAAUUUUAAUUUAUUACUUCCCUUUUCCUUUCCUAUACCUAUAGGAUAAUACCUUCAGGUAGCAGUUGAAACUGAUAAUUACAAAAUAAUUAUCAAGGAGCAUCAGAGUAAAGCUUCUUUCCUUGGACUGUACACGUGGCGUUUGGAGACGGUCUCUGGAGGUGAUCAGGAAAGUGCCCAUCAGCCGAACGUGGUCACUCCAUAGGGAGACAGUGGGGAAGAAGCUGACUCUCACCUGUGUUUCCGUUUUAAGGGAUUCUCUUCUGUGUUGAGUCCAGGAAUCUUUGUAUAUAAGAGGAAGGCUACUUGAUGGACUUAAUUCUGAGAUUAGUUUUUUUCCUUCAAGAUGGAAAAGUAUGUAAUCUUUACGAGCGGAAAGGGGAGAAGUGACUAGGGUAGGAAGGAAGGAGACACAGCCUGCAGCCCAGCUUGGCUCCCGUUUGCCAGCAGGAGUAUUUAGGAUUCGCUGGGGGCCCACACUUGGACUCCCUCCCGCGAGAGCUUUAGAGCCUUCUGGCUCUGCUGAGGGAAGGGGCUUUCUCGCCCGUCUCUAUGGCACCGAGGGGUGCGUCAGCCUGCAGAGGGGCCCUCCCCGGGGACACAGCCACCUGCUGGGAAGCCGGGCUGGGCUCUGAAGUUGGAGGUUUCUGGUUCUGAACGGUGGGGAAAGAGUCCUUUUUUCUCCUAAAAUUUGGACUGCUGUCUGCACAAACUCUGGUCUGUUUUGCACGGUUUGUGUGCCUUUUUUUCCCUUUAUGCAAUCUUUUUCAGCUUUAGCAGCAGAGAUUUGUCUAGUUGAGAAAACAAGCCAGAGGGUGGCUUCAGAAGGGAGAUGAUCCCCAUGUGUUCUGUCUCUGCGUCUGAGCUUUUGAAGAGAAGAUUCCAGCUCGAGGGAUUCUUAAAGCCUUAAGUUACUUGAAAUCUAUGUAUUUGCAGCCCUUUGUCUCUGGAAUCACAUUACACUAAACUGGAAUCUCAGGCUGAAUAAGAAGAACCAAGUUGAGUGAAAAGAAGAACACUCAGUUUCUUUAUCACCACUUGUUAACGAUGCUCUUUCUCCAAAGGGUCAGCCCCCUCUUCCUCUGAGGACUUGAAAAUAAAAAUGGACCCCACGUUGUUUUUAAGCAUUACCUUUUCUUAGCAGACUGCCGUCAUCUUUUAUAGAGGAAUUUUUUCACUAUGCAUUUGGUGGAUCUUUAUAAAAUACUGACCUUCUAAUUAGAACCGGGUCAGUCUUAAAAGGGGGUCAGGGAAAACAGCGCAAGCCAACCACAAAAAUAACAUUGAUCUGUCAGUGAAAGCAAUUUUUCGGCAUUCAGCAUUACUUUUUAAGUAAAACGGUUCUUCAGAAAAAAGUAUGUAUGCAGCGGUGGAGCACGGGCCUGUCCUGUGCAGCGACUCCAACAUCCUCUGCCUGUCCUGGAAGGGCCGCGUGCCCAAGAGUGAGAAGGAGAAGCCCGUGUGCAGGAGGCGCUACUACGAGGAGGGCUGGCUGGCCACGGGCAACGGGCGCGGCGUUGUUGGCGUGACCUUCACCUCCAGCCACUGCCGCCGGGACAGGAACACUCCGCAGAGAAUCAACUUCAACCUUCGGGGCCACAAUAGCGAGGUCGUGUUGGUGAGGUGGAACGAGCCGUACCAGAAGCUGGCCACGUGCGACGCGGACGGCGGGAUAUUCGUGUGGAUCCAGUACGAAGGGCGGUGGUCUGUGGAGCUGGUCAACGACCGCGGGGCCCAGGUGAGUGAUUUCACGUGGAGCCACGAUGGGACUCAAGCACUUAUUUCGUAUCGAGAUGGGUUUGUCCUGGUUGGUUCUGUCAGUGGACAAAGACACUGGUCAUCUGAGAUCAACUUGGAAAGUCAAAUCACAUGUGGCAUAUGGACGCCCGAUGACCAACAGGUGCUGUUUGGCACGGCGGACGGGCAGGUGAUCGUCAUGGACUGCCACGGCAGGAUGCUGGCCCACGUCCUCCUGCACGAGUCAGACGGCAUCCUCAGCAUGUCUUGGAACUACCCCGCCUUCCUGGUGGAGGACAGCAGCGAGAGUGACACCGACUCCGAUGACUACUCCCCGCCCCAAGAUGGUCCAGCGGCGUAUCCCAUCCCAGUGCAGAACAUCAAGCCGCUGCUCACCGUCAGCUUCACCUCAGGAGACAUCAGCUUGAUGAACAACUAUGACGACUUGUCUCCUACUGUCAUCCAGUCGGGGCUGAAAGAGGUGGUGGUCCAGUGGUGCACGCAGGGAGACCUCCUGGCAGUCGCUGGUAUGGAACGCCCGACCCAGCUCGGUGACCUUCCCAAUGGCCCUCUUCUGAAGAGUGCCAUGGUCAAGUUCUACAAUGUUCGUGGGGAGCACAUCUUUACACUGGACACGCUUGUGCAACGCCCCAUCAUCUCCAUCUGCUGGGGACACCGGGACUCUCGGCUGCUGAUGGCGUCAGGACCGGCCCUGUACGUGGUACGUGUGGAGCACCGGGUGUCCAGCCUGCAGCUGCUGUGCCAGCAGGCCAUUGCCAGCACCCUGAGAGAGGACAAGGACGUCAGCAAGCUGACCCUGCCCCCCCGCCUUUGCUCCUACCUCUCCACUGCCUUCAUCCCCACCAUCAAGCCCCCAAUUCCAGACCCCAGCAACAUGCGAGACUUCGUCAGCUACCCGUCGACUGGCAGCGAGCGUCUGCACUGCACCAUGAAGCGCACAGAGGACGACCCCGAGGUGGGCGGCCCCUGCUACACGCUCUACCUGGAGCACCUGGGCGGGCUCGUGCCCAUCCUCAAGGGGCGGCGCAUCAGCAAGUUGCGGCCCGAGUUCGUCAUCAUGGACCCGCGGACAGAUGGCAGAUCAGAUGAAGUCUAUGGACACAGCUUGGUUUCCACGAUGAUUGACAGCUGCAACUGCUCAGACUCCAGUGACAUUGAACUGAGCGACGACUGGGCUGCUAGGAAGUCCCCCCAGACCUCCCGGGCCAGCAAGUCACCGAAGCCCCCAAGGAUCAACAUUGAGGCUCGCAAGUCCCCCAAGCUCUCGCGUGCUGCUCAGGAGAUAUCCCGGUCUCCUCGCCUGCCCAUGCGCAAACCGUCCAUCGGCUCACCCAGCCUGACGCGAAGGGAGUUUCCCUUUGAAGACAUCACUCAGCACAACUAUCUUGCUCAGGUCACGUCUAAUAUCUGGGGAACCAAAUUUAAGAUUGUGGGCUUGGCUGCUUUCCUGCCGACCAACCUCGGUGCAGUAAUCUAUAAAACCAGCCUCCUGCAUCUCCAGCCGCGGCAGAUGACCAUCUAUCUCCCGGAGGUUCGGAAGAUUUCCAUGGACUUUGUUAAUUUACCUGUCUUCAACCCAAAUGUUUUCAGUGAAGAUGAAGAUGAUUUACCAGUGACAGGAGCAUCUGGUGUGCCCGAGAACAACCCACCUUGCACCGUGAACAUCCCCAUCGCCCCCAUCCACAGCUCGGCUCAAGCGAUGUCCCCCACGCAGAGCAUCGGGCUGGUGCAGUCCCUGCUGGCCAACCAGAAUGUGCAGCUGGACGUCCUGACCAAUCAGACCACAGCCGUGGGCGCAGCCGAGCACGCAAGCGACAGCGCCGCCCAGUACCCCGUGGCCAGCCGCUACUCCAGCCCUGGCCAGGUGAUCUUCGGGGGCGUGGAGAUGAGCCGCGUCAUCCCCAACCCCCCUCAGCUGUCCCUGCCGCCGCCAGCACAGGGGGGCAUCCAGCUGUCCGUGCUGGACCACGGGGACCGAGACCACGAGCACCUGCAGAAGCCAGCCAAGGCCCUGCGGCCGGUGUCACAGUUGGCCACCGAGGGGGACGCGGUGGUGUUCAGCGCCCCCCAGGAGGUCCAGGUCGCCAAGAUGAACCCCCCACCCCCCUACCCGGGAACCAUCCCCGCGGCCCCCACCACCGCGGCGCCGCCGCCCCCGCCGCCGCCCCCGCUGCCCCCGCUGGACACGUGCCUGAAGAAGGGCGACUUCUCGCCCUACCCCACGGUGGCACACUACCAGCCGCCCCUGGGCUACGAGAGGAUCACCACCUUCGACAGCAGCGGCAACGUGGAGGAGGUGUGCCGGCCCCGGACGCGCAUGCUCUGCUCCCAGAACACCUACGCGCUCCCGGGCCCCGGCAGCUCGGCCACGCUGAGGCUCACCGCCACCGAGAAGAAGGUCCCGCAGCCCUGCACCAGCGCCACCCUGAACCGCCUGACGGUCCCGCGCUACUCCAUCCCCCCGGGGGACCCGCCCCCCUACCCCGACCUCGCCGGCCCGCUGGGCCCUCCCGGCCCCGGCCGCGGCGCGGGCCAGAGACCCGACGGCGGCCUCAUCCACGCCACGCUGCGCAGGAACAACCGCGAGGCGGCGCUCAAGGCGGCGCCGCUGGCAGAGCCCCCGCGGCCGCCGCCGCACCCGCCCAGGCCCAAGGGCGCGGCACAGUUCCCGGCGCGGCCCCCGCCCGCCCUGUACACCUGCAGCCAGUGCAGCGGCGCGGGCGCGGUGGGGAGGCCGGAGCCGGGCGCGGGGGCGCAGCCGGGCGCCGGCCUGGCGCACGCGGCCAGCACCUCCCCGCUGACCUCCCAGUCGUCCUACAGCCUCCUGAGCGCGGGCGACGGCGCCCGCGAGCGCGCCGACUACGUCAACUCGGCCUUCACCGAGGACGAGGCGCUGGCCCAGCACUGUCAGGCCGAGAAGCCGCUGCGGCACCCCGCGCUGAGCGAAGCCGCCGUGCCCGUGAAGCGGCCGCCCCCCUACCAGUGGGAGCCCGUGCUGGGGGAGGAUGUUUGGGUUCCUCAGGAAAGGACGGCGCAGACCGCGGUGCCCAACCCCCUGAAGCUGCCCCCUCUGAUGGUAGGUCAGAGCCAGCACCUGGAUGUGUCCCGAGUGCCCUUCGUCUCCCCCAAGCCUCCCGCCAGCCCUACUGCCACUUUCCAGACAGGCUAUGGCAUGGGAGUGCCCUAUCCGGGAGGCUAUAACACCUCCCCUUUGGCGGGGGUGCAGGCUCCCUGCUCCCCGAAAGACGCUCUGGCCCCAGCACAGUUUGCACAACAGGAGUCCGCGGUGGUUCUCCAAACGGCCUACCUGCCCGGCCUCUCCUACUGCACCCUGCCCCCCAUGUAUCCGGGAAGCAGCGCCUGCUCGAGUUUACAGCUGCCACCCAUCGCCUUGCACCCCUGGAAUUCCUACAGCGCGUGCCCGCCCGUGCAGAAUCCCCAGGGCGCUCUGCCCCCGAAGGCGCACUUGGUGGUGGAGAAGCCCCUCGUGUCCCCGCCGCCCACGGACCUCCAAAGCCACCUGGGUACAGAGGUGAUGGUAGAGACCGCAGACAACUUCCAGGAAGUGCUCUCCCUGACAGAGAGCCCAGUCCCCCAGCGGACGGAGAAGUUCGGAAAGAAGAACCGGAAGCGGCUGGACAGCCGGGCCGAGGAGGGGAAUGUUCAGGCCAUCACUGAGGGCAAAGUGAAGAAGGAGGCUCGGACUUUGAGUGAUUUUAAUUCCCUGAUCUCCAGCCCCCGCCUGGGGAGAGAGAAGAAGAAAGUGAAGAGUCAGAAAGACCAGCUGAAGUCGAAGAAGUUGAAUAAGACAAAUGAGUUCCAGGACAGUUCGGAGAGCGAGCCGGAGCUGUUCAUCAGCGGGGACGAGCUGAUGAACCAGAGCCAGGGCAGCAAGAAGGGCUGGAAGAGCAAGAGGAGCCUGAGGGCGGCCAGCGAGCUGGAGGAGUUCAAGUGCAGGAAAGCCAGCGAGAAAGAGGACGGGCGGCUGGGCAGCCAGGGCUUCGUGUACGUCAUGGCCAACAAGCAGCCUCUCUGGAACGAGGCCACCCAGGUGUACCAGCUGGACUUCGGGGGGCGGGUGACCCAGGAGUCGGCGAAGAACUUCCAGAUCGAGCUGGAGGGGCGGCAGGUGAUGCAGUUUGGAAGGAUUGACGGCAACGCAUACAUCCUGGACUUCCAGUACCCCUUCUCCGCUGUGCAGGCCUUUGCAGUCGCCCUGGCCAACGUGACCCAGCGCCUCAAAUGAAGAGACUGGUGUGGGGAGGAGAAAGCGGUCUGAUCGCAGACGCUGGAGGAGCCUGCACGGCCUGGUGCCCGGGGGACCAGAAGACAAGGGCAAAACUGGAAACGUCUGUCAGGCCCAGGGGAGGGCACUGACCUUUCGUUGUUGUUUGUUUGGGUUUUUAUUAUCCUUUAUUGUCUUUUUUUCUUCUCUUAUUUUUUUAAACAAAAGUAAAAUACAGGAGAGCAGUGUUUGCAAGCAAAGGGUGCAAGGCACCUACCUGGUGGUGUUUAGGAGGCGUGUUCGCUGUGGGAAUGUCCUACUGGGUUUGCUUAUGUCGGCGACGGGACAAGGGGCCCUUCAGAAGGAAGGUUAGACUGCCUUCUCGCCGGCUGUUCUUCUACACUAGGAGUGUGCACUGUUUUCAUUCUCCACAACAUCUAGCUUUUAUUAUUCCUCCAACAUCACUACUAAUGUAAAUAUAAAAAACUUUUUAAGAAAAACACAACCAAAAAAUCCUGAAGGUGCAGGUUCUCUUAGGGGGGGACAACAUUUAAUUCACACAUAUUAUGUUAUUCCCCCAGAGGUGACUUGAUUAAUGAGGGGUAUUUUGGCAAAUGCACUGUGUUUGACUAAUAAAAGUAGGCUUUUUACGGGGGUGCUAUUACCAGGUAUAAAUACGGUUUGCUCAUGAGCUCGUAGGGAAAGGAUGACGGGCGAGGAAGGAUCUCCUGCAGGUGUUCACGCGGGUGGCUCACUUCGUGUGACCUGAAGCAGUACAAGGGCCACGCUCCUCUUCAGAGGGGGUUUACACUGAAGCCUCCACUAGUUUCCUAAUAUGUCAGAAUUCCGUUGGUUCAGUGAUCAUUCAGUCUGAUUGACUUCAGGAGAAAGAUCCCCGAGUAGUGUGGUGUGGGGCAGCAAUUUUCUGGGCUGCGAUGGUGGCUCGUUAGAGACCUGCUGCUGAGAAGUGGGCUUCACUCCCUCUCCCCUCUCGUUGAACCUGGGAACCGUGCCAGAGACGGUGUCUUCCCCAUUAGGUAGCACUGUUCUAUACUUGCUCUUUCUAAAAAUGCUGACAACACUGAUUUGAAAGCACUCCUUUCCUCUUUUGGGCUGUAUUAAAAUUCAGUUGGCUAGAGAUGUUUUCCAACAGAUUAGAAAUGUAGCAAAAGAAAUGUUAGGCAUUUGCCAGGGUAUGAAAAGAUAAGAGUUAUAAUCAACUCUUUGGACAAGAGCCCCACAAGCUUUUCUAGAAAAAAAAAAAAAAAAGUUUAUUAACUGUACAGACUGUUUACUGAGGAGAUAAACCACUGGGAGAACGUGGUUAAAGUUACAGUACUUAAUGUAGUUGGUUGACUGUUCUUUGUUAAUUUCAACAACAACAACAACAAAUCCAGAGAUUAUCUUUUCCCACCUCCCCCUCCUCGGGGGGCAAUAUUCAGCCCUGAUAACAAGACCCAGUUCAUAGUUUUCAGUUACUGAUAUCUGUGAUGUUGUUUAGGGCAGGAACACAAGAACUGUCUACCAGUUUAGAGUCCUAAAUUUGGAUUUUGUUUGAAAACAAACAGGUGGAAGAUACUGCAGAAACGUAUUUUCCAAAAAAAAAAAAAAUUUGUUUUUAAUCUUCUGUUUUAGUUUAAAAAUUAGAAAAGAAACAGGCCCAAUGCAAGAUGGCAUCACUUACCAUUUUCUUCAGACCCAGAAGAAACACAGGUGAGGUUUCAAAUAUGGUGAAGGACAUCUCCCAGCUAAUACCAGAGCUUCCCAUUUUAUAUUUUAAAAUAUUGAACCGGAUGCUUUGGUGGGUAAAUUUUUCCAGAAAAAACUUAGCAAUGUAUUCAGAAUUAUAUAGUUCUUUUAUAUGAGUUUCUGUAGCUUAACAUGAUGUUUCAAUGCUUAUUAUCAGCUGUGCAAUAAUGGUUAUAGCCUAUUUCUAAAUAAUUUAAAUGCAGUUCCCCUGUUUUAUUGUCCAAAAGUUAAUUAUUUAUCUUGCUUUCAUAGUGUUCGUAGGAAUUAUUUUGUUACUAUGUUCUGGUGAGUUAUGCCCACUUUAUUAUUUAUUUAGAAAAAUAGUAUGUUUGUAACGACUUAUUUGGUGGCAGUAUAUUUUGCUGCAAGAAAUAAAAAGGACGUGAUAGAAGGUUUUUUUUACUGGACAAUUUGUAACUUUUCCUAAUUGGGAAAAAUUGCUAUUAAUCCUUUAAAAGCAAUUCUUUUUUUUUUUCAUUUUGUGGUAUCAGUUAUAUAAAAGGAGAAGAUUUCUUUGAGAUAACGUAUCCUAAAAUAUUAUUUCCCCUUCUGUUGAAAACUUUAUUUUUAAUGAAAAUAAAAGGUGAAAUGAAAUGAGAUUUAAGAGAAUGAGAGCAGCACAAAAAAGGAAUUGUAGUAAGUUUCAGUUCUUCAAGUUCUGACUGGUUUUUGAGAUGUAAAGACCACAUUUUAGAACUUUUCUUAAUAAGAGCAAAAUACAGAGGGAAAUCCUUGGAAUGAAGACUACAGAUGUGUGUGUGAAGAGAAAGUGAGUAUGUGUCACAAAUAAUUAACUUACUAAAUUCUUAGCUCACUCCCCAAAGGACCUUUUCCCCACCUGGGGACAAAGGCCUCCGUCUCGGAUCCGCCUCUGGAUGAGCGGCGGUCGCUCAGCUCUGCGGCCCCGGCCGUAGUCCCCAGUGCAGUCAGACAGACAGGCGUCUGCAGCCGUGGCGACGCGUGGCGUUUCACUUAAUGGUGACGUUUUCACUUACUUUUGAAAAUUGCUUCCAUUCGGUCAGUCUCAAUUUAUUAAAUGUUACCAAAGUCAGUACUUUAAGCAACAGAAUUCUACAUAUUUAGUGUUCGUUAAUAGCAACUCAUGAAUAUUAAGAUACCUCAGUGAAUCUCUAAAAACAUUAGCCCAGUAAAUAGCCAACCACAUACAGAAUCCACGCCUUUUUGAGGGGAGCGGUAUGUUAACAAACAUGAGAACCAGUUUUAAAUUUGGUUUUACCUCAUCCAACCAAAGGCACAGCUUUGAGUAUAGCAUACCCAUUGAAUGUAUGCAUAUCCUAAGAAAGACCGGUACCAAGAAAGCAGGAAAAUGUCAGAGCUCUCAUGGCGGGAUAGGUCAGAGGGUUUGCGGUGUUUUCAUCCACGGCUGUUGCUUCCUCAUCGAGUGCCCCACGAGGGCACGCGAAGACGUGUAAUCAUAGACGAAAGUCUGGAGACCCCGGGAUCAAGCCGGCUCUGCCACAAAGCUGGAGGGUGACCGUGGGCCUCCAUUUGUCUGUCUGUAAAAGAAAGGACGGCCUGGACAAUUUUCUAAACUCCUGUCGACCAGCUCGAAUGGCUUGAGGGCCCGAAAUGUAACAGUUUCAUCAAUUCCAUUUUACAGACUUGGAAGGAAGGUUUCAAAACAUUGCCCAUUGUAGAGAAAAAAAAUUUUUUUUCCUGUAUUAAUGAGCUACCUACUGAAUGUAAACCAGUGGCAUUUAAAAUAAUAUCUUUGGAAGGUUCACCUCUAGAAACGAAUGCAUUUGGAAUCAUGUUUGUUCUCGUAAAAUUAUACAAAAGCACCGAUUCCAGGUAAGACAGAGACGCCUCUCCAGGAGUGUGCCCUGCUUGGUGGACACCCCAGAGAACAGCCCUAAAGUAAGUCACCACUUUGCCCUGAAGAGUGAGUUGAGAAAAGAACAAAGGAGUAUAUGCGUGGGCGGCUUGAGUUCUUGAAUGUGCUGUGCAGUGUUGCACGAGCUUUGUGUUCAGAAGGUUUUUUCGAGAAGGAACCCGUUGUGUCCCCAUGUGGGCCAUCUAUCGUUUGGCCAAGUCAGUGGUUGUGAGCAAAGUUAGCGGAAACAAAAUGUGUCCAAAUGUUGUUUGAGUUCCUGGAAUUUUGUCACAGCACACAACUCAAAACUCUUCACCUUUUGUGUAUUUCCUUGUCUCUGGCUGAUGGAGCUCUGAAGGGUUGUGGUUUUCAUUUCUUUGGCUUUGUGCAAUUUUCUUGUAACUUUACUUGUACCUCUAUUUUCUGUUUAUAUGUUCUUUUAAAGGGAGGGGGAGGGUUGUAAGAUCUCGUUGUUUAUAGUAGAUAAAAUUUUUUUCGUGUUGUAGAAAAGCAUGGGUUAUGCGUUUGACUGAAAAAGGCACUGUAUUAUUUACCAAAGGGGUAUUGUUUUUGCAUUUGUUUAUAAAUGCAUUAUUUUGGUACUCUAAAUUUGGAUAUAAUUUCUGAGUUUAUUACUACUGGCAUUUUCGUCUUCCUUUCUUUCCCCCACCCCCCAACUGUAAGUGUGUGAUGCAGGUGCACAGGUCCCAGACCAAACCAGACCACCAGCAUGUUCUUGUCCCCGCCUUGGGAGUGGCGCGCUGCCGUGUGUGCCUGAUCCCUCUCACGUUGGUUUGUUUGUUUUUUAACUCAGCAUCCUGCUUUGUUGUACUUUCCAAGCAAGAUCUGUUGAGAUUUCUGAUUUGCAUUCUAAUGAGCUCACCCUUAUUUCCUCUCUUCUUAUGUAUGUUGUGUAUUAGAUUGUGCAGGAGGUAUUCUAGAAGGCAUUAAUGGUUUGCAUUCAGAAUGGCGUGGUUUGUCCAAAGUAUUUUCUGUCUUUAUUACUGAGAUGGAUUAAUCUCCUUAUUUUUUCCUGAUGAUUUGAAGUUGUAAGAAUUGUCAGCUAUUGCUUAAUAAAA